GAAGCGGGGACAAGGAGACGAUUCUGCUGCGCACGCGCCGCGCCCAAACAGGGCGCGUGGUGGAGCAAGGCAGGCGUAUCGGGCAGGCGCAGUCGAGACGUCAUCAGACGAAAUGGAGUACCCCGCCCCGUGACCCAGGUUUUGCGCAUGCGUCUUACUGCUGGAUGAAGCCGAACCUCGGGGACCGAGGACGCCUUCCGGCACAUGCGCAGGAGGCUCAAUGACAAUCGAGCGUUGGCUAAGGCUCCGGGGACAGGGUCUGGCCAUGCUGCACGUGACCCGGGGGGCCUGGGGAUCUAGGGUCCGAGUACGGCCCCUGUUGCCCGCGCUCCUCGGGCCCUCUCGGGCUCUGACGUCGCUGGCGGCCAAGAUGGGGGAGUACCGCAAGAUGUGGAACCCCACGGAGCCCCGCGACUGGGCCCAGCAUAAGCGUUUCAUCCCGUUCUCCAAGGAGCAGCUGCUCCGCCUCCUCUGAUGCAGGCCGCCCGAAUUUCACUCCAGUCCUACGGAGAAGGCGGCUUUGGAGGAGUUCUCGGUCCAGGUGGACUCCUGCACGCUGUUCCACUACCACCACCUCCUGGCCCGGCUGCAGGCCUUGUAUGACCCCAUCAACCCCGACAGGGAGACCCUUGACCAGCCUUCGCUGACAGACCCCCAGCGUCUGUCCAACGAGCAAGAGGUGCUUCGAGCUCUGGAGCCCCUGCUGGCCCAGGCCAACUUCUCUCCACUCUCCGAGGACGCCCUGGCCUACGCUCUUGUGGUCCACCACCCUCAGGAUGAGGUCCAGGUGACAAUAAAUUUGGACCAGUACAUCUACAUGCAGUUCUGGGCUCUGGGCCAGCGAGUCGGGCAGAUACCCCGUAAGUCCAGCGCGGGCUCCAAGCGUGGCUUCUUCAAGUCGCCCCCCGCAGAGAGGAGAUACUUUAAGCGGGUGGUGCUAGCAGCCCGAACGAAGAGGGGACACCUGGUGCUGAAGAGCUUCAAGGACACACCGCUGGAGGGCCUGGAGCAGCUGCUGCCGGAGCUGAAGGUGCGCACGCCUGCCCUGCAGCGCGCCCUGCUCAACCUCACGCUCGUGGUCUCCGGCGUGGCCUUCUUCGUCAACGUGGCCAUGGUGAUGCUCUCGGACCUCAAGAUGGCCACCUCCCUGCUGCUGCUGCUCUUUGCUGCCUUCAUGGGCCUGCGGGCCUCCAAGAUGUUCGGGCAGCGGCGCAGCGUGCAGGCGCUGGAGCUGGCGCACAUGCUCUACUACCGGAGCACGUCCAACAACUCGGAGCUGCUCAGCGCCCUGGCGCUGCGGGCGCAGGACGAACACGUCAAGGAGGCGCUGCUGGCGCACAGCUUCCUGGCCCGGCGGCCCCCUGGUGCGCAGGGCCCUCCCGAAGAGACCUCCCGGUGGCUCCAGUCAGAGGUGGAGAACUGGCUCCUAGCCCAGUCAGGCUGUGAGGUGACCUUCAACGGAACUCGGGCCCUGGGCCACCUGCAGUCCCUGACUCCCAGCGUCGGGAUGUACCCGCCCCUGGGGUUCCCCAAAGUAGACCCAUCCGCUACAGUCACUUCCCCUGAGGCCGCACCUAGCAGUGACAACCCCUGACAGAAACCUCUCAGCCCAGCCCCGCCCAGCCACCUGGUUAGGAACUAAGCCCCGCCUCCUCUAUGACAAGCUGUCGAUGAGGGAAACUUCGCUUUGCAGCUCCCCAAUUUCCAAUGAUAUACAAUCACGUCGCACUUAAAGCCACCAAUGGAGACAGGCUGCAUUUGCUAGCCCCACCCUUUCUGAUGAACAGCCAAUCAAAGCUUUAUGGUUCUCUUCCAUCGCUGGAGUCCUGCGCCCGCUGUAAACACCCGAACGUGCUUUGGCUGAGGAGGGAGUGUCAGCCAAUCACCGCUGUUCAGUGCUACCAACCACCUGGCACAGCCCUUAAGCUGUGCCCUCCCGAGGCUAUAUAUCAUUGUCUUUUUAGUCAGCUCCGGGCAAAGUGCCCAUCAUGUUCCCCAAGGCAGAGCCCCAGCCUGCAGCCAAUGAGAGCCCUCUACCCCUGCUCUCUGGCAAACUGCCAAUGAGUUUCUGGACACUGUCAACCGUGGGCAGCCAGUUGUCGCUGCAUAGCAGCAACCAAUCAGAAUUUCUAAAGGAAAUCUGAUCUAUCAGCUGCCACUACUCUCAGGCAGGCCAUCUGGUCAAACUGCUGACGGGCUCGUCCAGGCUGAAAGAGUCGGGAGCCUUUUGCCAGGCAGGAAGCUGUGGGCCAAGAGGAACCGGAGGUCAUCCUCACCCCGAGAGACACUUCCACGUAGGCCCUGACGACCUCACGUGCCUUCCCUGCCCAGGUCCCUCACACUUUCAGCAAAACUACCUCGGUCUGGAUCUCCACUCCAGCAGCGGCCUGUGCAAUAUUUAUUGGUCUGUGAAUCCCCCCUCCCGUCUCCCGACGGAAUAAAUUAUCUUUAAUAAAUCUG